CAGACGUCAAAAUCAGCUGUUCAUAGACCUCAAGCCAAUAUUUAAAUUGUUGUUAUUAGCAAAACGCACCCCAUAAUGGAAAAUUCAACCAUUAUAUGAACCAUGUAUCGUUCCACGCCCCCUGGUUAACAAAACAGAAAGCCGAGAUACGAAAAUGAACGGAACCCUGGGGGAAGAACAGGGCUGCGGCAUCGACAGACGUCCCAUAGUAACAUGUGCAGGAGAGCUGGAGGUGUUCUCUGCCAUCGAGGACAACCUCAGCCAGGCCCUGCCGAAGGAUGCAUGCGAGUGGAAGAGAUCUUUGGGGCGACCGAUUAAAAUGGUCCAUAUUGGGGCCAGAUUUGUACCAUUCAGUGGGAAUUCUUUACCGAAACCUGGACAGUGGGACCUCAUUAGACAACCCUUGUUUCACACUUACUGGACAGAGUGUUCCGAUGUGGAUGUAUAUAAGAGUAGCGUUAGGGAGGACAUUGAAAACUGGCUAAAAGAGCUUGCCAGUAAAGAUAUUUCCGAUUGGCUUAUUGUGGUGGUAGAGAAUUACGAUGGGAAGAGGAGCAAACAGUUGAUCCCUCGGACCACUGUGCUCGAUAAGAUUAGGGCGGAUUUCGCUUUAAAACAAGGGGACAGAUGCAUUUCCGUGAUAAAUCCGGGCAAACCGGAAAACAAAUCCGCGGAUUCUUGGAGAGGGUUGGUGGGGCGUAUGCGCCAUCUGUUGUUGGUCAGCUACGCGAAAGCCGUAACGCGACUGGAGGACCACGUGAGACAGCAACGGGAGCGUCGUAACGACCCCGGAUGGAGCUUUUUAAAGUAUUUUAUGUUGCAAGAAGAACUAGCGCAGGUACUCGAGAUGCUCGGGAUACCCGACGAGGCCUUGGUGCAGUACGACGAGUUGGACGCCCUCUUUUCGCAAUUCGUCGCGAAUUUUAGCACUUGCGACAACUUGAAGUGGUUGUCCCAGUUCCAGAGGCCACUGGAAAGGUGGUACGGCCUGAGGUUAACCCCCACCCUGUUGGAGGACAACCCUUCGUUGCUAGAACUGAGGGCCUACAUUUUUUCUAAGCAGGCCCAAAUGCUACUGCUCACCAAUAAAGUUUGGGAGAUGGCCUCCCGAUGCAUUCCGUUUUUGCACACGUGCGUAAAAGAACUGAACAUCCUGGAAAUAACCGCGCCCCCGGGGGCCGUUUCCUGCUGGUUGUUCCUGGCCAGCAUGGAGGUGCUGCAGUACUGCGACAGGUACAACCAGGCGGACCAGGUGGAGGAGUACUCGAGGCACACGGCCGCCCUUUGGGAGUACGCGAGCCAAAAGCUUAGGAAUUUGGGCGAAUUAUGCGGACUGAUGCCCCAGAGCACCCCCACCUCCGAACAGUUGCACAUCGUGGUGAGUUUAUCCGCCGGGAUGGGGGACAACCCUGGGCCCCCCAAGAACCCUUCGCCCACCGAUCGUUUGAAGGAGGCCCUCUGCUCCCAGGAGGUUUUCAUCAAAACUUAUCUGGAACUGGCCGAAUUGGCCAUGGGCACUUUCAAACACGUGGGACGUCUCAGGAUGGCUCGACUGGUGGGCAAACAGGUGGCCAACUUCUACCUGCUGCUGGGCGAAACCCAGAAAACGGCGGCGUUUUUGGGGGACGCGGUGCGCACGUUCGAACAAGACGGCUGGCACGAACUGGCCGCCAACACUCAAAUCUUAUUGGCCGACUGUCAUAAACGCGCCUCCGAUUGGCGCAGGUACGUCAAAAGUUGCGCGGCGGUAUGCGCCGCCUUGGAAAUGGACACCUUGAUCCGUUGGACUUAUUUCGACGAGAUGAGCAGGUACCUGGAUAAGCUGGAGAAACCUUUGGAGGUACCUUUUAAGGGGAUAAUCCGGAUAAACCGGUUGAGGAUCGUCAGUGAUUUGGUGGUGAUGCAAAAUUGCAAUAUCGAGGUGGAGUUGUGCCUAGAGUCGAAUUUUCCCAAGGAGGUUUUGUGCUCCCGGGUGGCCGUUUCCUUGGAAAAAGAGGAAAAGGUGAAAGCGCACUCGGGGCACUCUUUGAGCAACAAGGACUUAAAGUGGCAGGACCCGCUGCUGCAACGACUGAAAAUCAAGAAAACCUUGGACGUGAAGCAGGACAAGCAGCUGGCGACCUCUGGAAUCGCUUCCAGGCUCACCAUACUGCACAGGAAGGACAGUCAGCCGGCCAAUAAUAAGACUGAUUUUACUACUAACACUUUGGAAGUGGAGAAUUUGCCCCUUCUGCUAACCCCCGGACUAAACUUGAUCAAGCUGACCAAAAAAGCCGUCGAUUUAGGCAAGUUUAGCCUGAAUUCGGUGGUCAUUCACGUGAAAAACCUUCGCCUCCUAUCGCCCUCCUUAAGCCCCAGGCUAACCCUGGAGGUGCAAGAGGAAGGGCCCUCGAUAAGGCUUUACAAACGUACCGCCCCGUUGCUGUGCGGCAUCGAACAAUUGAUGAACCUGAUUUUGACCAUUGGGAGUUACGAAAUCGAACCGAGCGCAAAAAUCAAGUUGACCACGUCCCAAGGCCUCGCGAUCCAAACUGAUCCGGAGGCACCUUUAACGAACAACCUGGAGGUGGACGUGGGCGACAAAGCGACCUUUUCCAGCACCAAAAUGCCUCUGAGGAUCUUGGCCGAUUUGCUGACCAAAGACCAUCAAGUGACGAUCCAGGUACCGUGGAACCCGAAACCGAUCGUGGUGCCUCUGAGUUUUUCCUCCCCGUUGUCGACCACGUGGCGCCUCCUCACGGUAAACGACCGAAAGUUCGUGCAAAUCAACGUGGUGGGACAUUCCGUGGACAGUUUGCUCGUCCAAAGUCCCAGUUUGAGGAUAAAGGAGGUCGCGGUCCAAGCGAAACACUGUGAUUCUAGUCUGAUUAUUUCUAACGGUUUAAGCUACUCAUUCUUGUGGGAACUGAUACUCACUAAAUUUAGGGGCAACGUGGCCAAGGUGGAGUUUAGUUUGCAGUACAAAUUGACUGAAGGGGACGCAUUUAAGGCUUAUCAAUAUUAUUUCGAUAUUUGCGACUUUAGGACGCUGUAUAUACUGGACGCCACAGUGGAGAAAGCAAAGGGCAACGAGUUCUGCAGGGUGGGGGUGGUGUGUCAUUUAAAUUUGACAAUUUCCACGUUGCCCGAACAGGAGGAGGACAAUCCCGAGGAAAUCCGCUCGAUAAUGUACGAGGUGUUGGCGGAGCAAAGUGUGUGGGCCGUAUGCGGUAGAACCGCGGGAGUCAUCUGUUUUAACGGUCAAAGUGAUUGCGUGCAACAAGUGGUACUGGAGGUGAUGCCUUUGACCAGCGGGUUCCUCCCUCUGCCGCUGGUACGCAUUUCCAAGUACAUCCCGGCCGAAAGUGCCACGGAUAAAACCAGGAUGGACACUCACCCCCGGUUGGAACCCUUUAGUACCGGGCAGGUGUACAACAAGUGCAAAGGGAAGCAGUUGCACGUGAUAGGGGCGGCCAACGAGGUCAACCCUUAAACCUUUCAACCCCCGGAACAAAUUUAGUUGUGCCAUUUAGCAAACAAUAAAAAAAAAAAAAAGAAAAACCAUCACUCACUAUUGCUGUGCAAUAAUUUUUAUAGGAAUUAAGUUCUUAAAGCGUUUGUACAUUUAUUUUCUCUUUCUCUCUCGGUUUGUAUAUGUUGUACAUUUUUACUGAAUAAAGGUUAUAUUUGUUGUUUUUA